AUGGCCUCCUCGGCCAGCCAGUCAAGCCAGCGGGUUCUCGUUUCCUAUUCUGCACCCCCAGUAUUCCUCGCGUCGCCAAACUGGACCAAGGUUCAUGCUGCGUUACUUUCCCAACUUCCCCUUCGGAACAUACACUGGAAGUCUGCUUCGCGCGGAUCUGUGAAGACUAUUCAGGAGCUGGAUGUUACCUUUGUGCCAUUCGAAUCAUUGCGCGAUGAACACACCUCUCAGAUACCGGGUUCAUUGCUCGAGAAGCCUCUGCUGCAUAUAUUCAUUGCGCAUUGCGAGGACAGUGAUAUCGACACAUAUCGAACUUCAAUUAAAAAGCAGAUCAAGGACUGGCAUACAAUGGUCACUUCUCGCAAAAACCAGGAAUGGUUAAUCCUUCAAAUAAUUAGACCUGAUGCGACGAAGCAAGCAGGAAAUUUUUUCCAGAUCAAAGGCACAGUUCUCGACAAACUGAAGACCGACUUCAAUUCUGAUAAACGAGACCGUUGCGUGCAAAUAAAUUGGAUGACUGGCAACGAAAAUCCAUUAGCAUGGGCCGAGUUCGUGAACAAGAUGAAGGAAGGUUUACUUUAUGCUUUCGAUGUGGCCAUUGACGCGCGUCAAGAAGAGGUCAAGAGGUCUGAAAAUCAGCAAGCGAUGCCUGGUUGGAAUUUUUGUACCUUUUUUAUUUUAAAGGAAAGCCUUGCCGCCUCAUUUGAAGGAAUAACCCUUUUCGAAGAAGCCUUAAUUCCGUAUGAUGAACUGGAGGCGUUGUUCUACAAAGUUUCAAAGGAAAAGAAUAUGUCAUGGUUUGGUAAUCUUAUCCAAACAAAUCCCCAGGACGACGUUUCACCGCUGUUGACGGUCUCCAAAAAACCAUAUAGGGACCUCAUCUUGGCCAAUACAAUAUCUAUCUUCGACUUCCGAAUCUACCUCCUGGCUCGCCAAUGUCAACUUCUUGCCAAAAUGGGUCGCUUGAAGGAUAUCACCAGUAAAGUAGGUCUUUUCUUGGGUGCACUGGGACAGCGACUGCGGGAAAUUGAAUCUACCCUUCCCGCCUUUUUUAUCGAAUCCUGGAUAUACUCCUCCGCUUUAAGCGCCGUUGAACAAAUUAAUAACUGGAUAACCUCUCUUAAACUCGACACAUCCAAAUCUUCCUCCGUAAAUGCAGGGAAAGGAGAACUUUUGGACAUUGCUCGCAGUCAGCUCGACUCCAUCGGUAUAGCAGCUGGCCAUCUACCCAAUUAUCCACCCUUUUCAAUAUCCUCGACGCGUGGAACUGAGGCUCCAGGUGGCAAGCUUCGAUUUUCCAAUGAGACCCUUAAUACCGCAGUCAACAAUCGCAAAGCAUUCUAUGAAUUGUAUAUUGCUGUAACAAACCGUGCUAUAGAUUUAUAUGCUAAAUCAGGACGACGAAAAUUUGCACUUAAACUGCAUGGGAACUUGGCUGCUCUUGAAUUGCAUCGCGGCAACUUCACUGCCGCCCUUAAUACCUACACUUCUUUACCCGGGCAUUACGCCCCUCAUAUGUGGACAUCUUUGGAAUCUUUCAUGCUAUCAAAAGCUUUGGACACACACAUGAACCUGGACAUGCCCCAGAAUGUGGAAUGGAUACAUAUUGUUUUAUCUUUCUUGAAGACAUAUGUUGAACACAUCGACUCUGAGAUGCUCAUGCACGAAGCAGACAAAGUGGAUUAUGUGUCUCGGCUUGUAGGAUCAUUAAGAGAUUCGGUGGAAAAAAUAGAAACCGAUCUGGCGCACCCCGACCAUCCUGCCAUGACUAUACGGGUCGGAAAUCAGGCGAAGCUGGCCGAAAGCCGGGAUGGAUCAUAUCUUGAUGUAGUUGUAACUAAUCAUUUGCCUUGUUCAUUUCCUGUAGACCAAAUCACUGUCAUUAUAUCCGGCAGAGAUUCCGACAAAUUCCGUUAUAGUUCACCUGUAAAUUUUAGCUGCCCUCCAGGAAAAUCAUCUUUUUCUUUAUUUUGCCCUACGUCUACCUCUGGAUCUUUCAUUCUCGAAUCCAGCGAAAUCCGGUCGGCACAUCUGCUCCUCCAAUGGAAUCACCGCAAAACAAAUAACAAAGGCUCUCCAUCACAAAAUGCACUGCUCGUCAGAGUCCCUGCAGAUCCUCUCUCUCUUAAUGUUAGAAUAUCUCAGUCAAACAAAAUUGAGCUUGGUAGACCACAAUCCCUCACGGUUCUUUUGUCGACGGGAAGGAAUAGCAUCAAAAGGCUAACGAUGAAACUAGCAUCUCCGUCCGUUAACUUUUGGUGCAAAGAAGCCAGAUUAUUAGACGGUCAAAAUUUUGACGGGUUUAAUCCGUCUGACGAAGGACUUGGAAUGGAAAACAUUGCUGACGACAGCGAUGUUACGUUGUUGAUUCCGCACUCUGAUGCAUCUGCCCUAACAGCAAUGAAAGUCAACCUAGAAGUUGAAUACUCGACAGCAAAUGAACCUUUGAUCAACAGAGUGUCUUUCUUCCCGAGAGUCCUAAUUACGACAUUGCCGAUUUCUGUCAACGUCGAGGAUUUCUUCCGAGGGACAAGAUUAAUCUCCAAGUUCACAGUGUCAAGCACAAGUCAUCAGCAUGUAAGAAUUGCUGAUGCCAGCCUUGAUCUUCCAGAAGAUGGCCUUGAGGGCGUCACCGUUCAGCCUGCCUUGAAGAAGCGCAAUGUGGUGACUGUAACACCGGCACAACCCGCAAACUUUCUAUUCACUCUGGACUCCGCACAUGGACCUGUUCGCGAAUCUCUUACAUUGCGGAUCAAGUAUAGAAUGCUUCGAGAAGAGGUGGAAUCUAUUGUUGAGAGCGUUGUUCGAUCUGUCAUCGAAGAGAGCCAAUCUAGCUCAGGGAACAGAAUCAUAGUCGUUUCUAGACUUAUAGAUGCUUUGGAAAGCGAAGCUGGGUGGGUUGAAAUGUAUGGAGUGACAGGGGAACUUGUAGUACCAAACACUGCCGAAGGAGACGACGAAGUUGGCAAGCUAGUGGAGGAAGCCCGAAAGCGUUUAGCAGCGCAUAGACAUCCCAAUUCUCCUGAAGGUUUUUGGCGAGAAAUUAAAAUUCCAGUCGACGUGCCUUUUAUGAAUAUUGUUGCGGCUGCUUGCAUUCGCCUUAUCUCUACUCCUUUUGCCAAAGACAUAGAACAGCAUACACUCCCAUCAUUGUACGCCGGACAACCCAUUUCCGCCCAGUUGACCAUUCACACCUCUUUUCGCUGGGGUUCAAACCCAAGUGAUACCAACAAGCAAUAUCUGCUUCGAUUUAACAUUGAAGAAAUGAUUCGUGAAUGGCUAGUCAGCGGUCCGAAGAAAGGUGAUUUCAUUGCCAAGGAUGGGGAGACGCAUACCAUCCCUAUUACCCUGAUUGCUUUGCACCAUGGAGAAUUUUCCUUACCUAAAGUCACCAUUACCGCUCUUCCCAUGGCUGGUGCAAUAACCAUGGGUUCAAUGGCUGUACCCAGCAUUGAAACGUUUCAGGCGCAUGGAGCAGAUAGAAUUUUAAUCCUACCCCGAGGAGGCCGGAGUACAUUCGUCGUAGGAAUGGGGCCAGGAUGA